AUGUCUUUGCCGCAGAGGCCAGGCAAGGCCUCCCCUCGGCGGGAGGAGGCCCGGGCAUUUCGCGAACCCUCGCGACGUCGACGUCGAGAUGGGGAUUCGGGCACGUAUAGCGACGAUCCCAACGCCUCUCCCUCACACCGACGCCAUCGCCGACACUCGAGUCACCGACGGGGAGCAGAAACCGACGAAGAGCGCAUGGAGCGGGGUGGGGAUGUGCGACGCAAAAAGAGUAUGGUCAAGCCAGAGCGCCGGAAAGCAGACCCCGAUCAUCCCAAUUACCAUUAUCGCCAGCGAUCACACCACAUGACGACUUUCCCGUCGGCGACAGGAAAUGACCCCUUAUUAGACCACCAAGAGGGCGAGGCCGAGACGAACAGUUCGCGCAGCGUCGAUGUGAAGAAGGAGGGAUUGUACGGUGCCAGUGGGAAUGUCAACAAACCCAUGGAACGGGCUCCCAGCAGACAUCGGUCGAAGAAAAAGAAGCGAUCGAGGCGGUCAUCCAAGGGCGCCGUGGAGGAGAGGAAGCGUUUGAAGGAGAUUGAACAGAGCGGGCCCCCUGAGUUGUGGCCGACAUAUUGCGCAGUGCUGACGUUCUUCAUUCCGGACUUCGUUCUGAAGUGCUUUGGUAUGCCCCAGAAGGAGCAACGGACGGCUUGGCGAGAGAAGAUCGGCCUGAUCAGCAUCAUUCUAAUGAUCGCGGCAUUUGUCGGUUUCCUGACCUUCGGCUUUACGGCUACUGUGUGUGGCUCGCCAGCGGUACGACUGAAAGUCAAUGAGGUGAAUUCCAACUACAUGAUUUUCCAUGGCAAGGCCUAUGACUUGACUGGAUCAAAGCAUGGCGCUGCUGAAGGUAUCCCCGCUGAUACGAAUGUGCUCUACGACUUACCCCACAAGUAUGGCGGGCAGGAUGGCAGCUUCUUCUUCCAGCAGGUCAAUGGUGCUUGCAAAGGCUUGAUUACGGCCCAACCAGAUGGUGGUGUUCCCACAAACUCUGACGGAGACCUUGGGUGGUAUUUCCCCUGCGCACCGUUCAAUCAAGAUGGGUCGUCUUCACCAAAUCUGACGAUCGACUACUACCUGGGCUGGGCUUGUCACACCAGCAAGUCCGCUCGUGAACCAUUUUACACCCUGUCAAGUGACGGAGACGUCUACUACACUUGGGAAGACACUAAGAACAAGAGCCGAAACCUUGCGAUCUAUUCUGGCAAUGUUCUCGAUCUCGAUCUUCUGGCUUGGUUUAACGAAAGUCAGGUAUCAUAUCCCAAACAAUUUGACGAGCUUCGCACGAAUUCUGCGGUUCGGGGUGUCGACCUGACUUACUACUUGCAAAGCGGAGAGGAGAAGAAGAUUGGCAAGUGCUUGGCACAGAUUAUCAAAGUGGGCAGCAUUGACACUGAUACUGUCGGUUGUAUCGCGUCCAAGGUCGUACUCUAUGUGUCUUUGAUCUUUAUUCUGUCUAUUGUCGUCGUCAAGUUCGCCUUUGCCCUGCUCUUCGAGUGGUUCCUGGCACCCAGAUUUGCCGCCCAGAGCACGAGUAUGAGCUCAGAUGCCAGAACUCGUAACCAGCAGAUCGAAGAUUGGUCCAACGACAUCUAUCGACCAGCUCCCCGAAUCGCUGAUCCCAUUGUCCCCGAUCGAGCCAGCAAACGCGCCACUUUCUUGCCUACCACUUCCCGCUUCUCAAGUCCUUACAACGUGAGCAGCAGCGGUGGUAGCAAACAGAGACCGCACUACGUCACAAUGGCUAGUCAGAAUUCGACCUCCCGUCUCAUGCCUAGUUCCAACCCUGGCACUAUGUACAAGUUGAGUCACAACGGAAGUGGUUCCUUGAGCGCUGAUAACUCGCGGAACAAUGCUGCUGCGAGCCGGACCAGCUUGGUUCCUCCUGGUCAGCAGGACCCUGGUUACUCUACGUUGAUGACUGAUUAUGAGGGUCCUGGUCCUGCGGGUUUCAUUCAUGAAGCUGUCGUUCCCCAGCCGCCGGCUGAAUGGCAACCAUUUGGUUAUCCAUUGGCACACAGUUUGUGUCUGGUUACCUGCUAUUCAGAAGGCCAAGAAGGUAUUCGAUCAACACUGGACUCUAUUGCUAUGACCGACUACCCGAACAGCCACAAGACAAUUCUUGUCAUCUGUGACGGUAUCAUUAAGGGUAAAGGAGAAGAGUUUUCAACACCGGACAUUGUGCUUGGCAUGCUGAAAGACCCUGUUGUCCCCAUUGACGAAGUCCAACCCUACUCUUAUGUGGCUGUGGCCACCGGCUCCAAGCGACACAACAUGGCCAAGGUUUACACAGGUUUCUAUUCUUACGGCGACGACUCCGUCAUUCCCUUGGAGAAGCAGCAGCGCGUUCCUAUGAUGGUUGUCGUCAAGUGCGGUACUCCCCAAGAAUCGACCCAAUCGAAGCCCGGUAAUCGAGGCAAGCGAGACAGUCAGAUUGUCCUGAUGUCCUUCUUGCAGAAGGUCAUGUUCGAUGAGCGGAUGACGGAACUUGAAUUUGAAAUGUUUAACGGCAUGUGGAAUGUGACAGGCAUCCCACCAGACUUCUACGAAGUGGUUCUCAUGGUUGAUGCCGAUACAAAGGUCUUCCCGGAUAGUUUGACACACAUGGUAUCGGCUAUGGUCAAGGACCCUGAAAUUAUGGGUCUCUGUGGAGAAACCAAGAUCGCCAACAAGACAGACAGCUGGGUGACCAUGAUUCAAGUGUUCGAAUACUUCAUCUCUCAUCACCAAGCCAAGGCCUUCGAGUCCAUCUUUGGUGGUGUCACUUGUCUUCCAGGUUGUUUCACCAUGUACCGCAUCAAAGCACCCAAGGGUGGGCAGAACUACUGGGUGCCUAUUCUGGCAAACCCAGAUAUUGUUGAGCACUACUCUGAGAAUGUAGUCGAUACCCUGCACAAGAAGAACCUGCUGCUCCUCGGUGAAGAUCGUUACUUGACUACCCUCAUGUUGAAGACCUUCCCCAAGCGCAAGCAGAUCUUCGUCCCACAAGCCGUGUGCAAGACCGUUGUCCCUGACGCAUUCAUGGUCCUGCUUUCGCAGCGUCGUCGCUGGAUCAACAGUACCGUGCACAACCUCUUCGAGCUUGUCCUUGUCCGCGACUUGUGUGGUACUUUCUGUUUCAGCAUGCAAUUUGUCAUCUUCAUCGAGCUUGUCGGAACCUUGGUACUGCCCGCGGCCAUCUCCUUCACCAUCUACGUUGUCAUUUCCUCUAUUGUCAGACGACCUGUCCAGGUCAUUCCUCUGGUCCUGCUCGCCCUCAUCCUGGGUCUGCCGGGAGUCCUGAUCGUUGUCACCGCCCACCGUCUCGUCUACGUCCUGUGGAUGCUGAUCUACCUCCUGUCUCUCCCCAUCUGGAAUUUCGUUCUCCCGACCUAUGCAUUCUGGAAAUUCGAUGACUUCAGCUGGGGUGAUACUCGCAAGACGGCGGGCGAAAAGGACAAGGGCCACGAGGACGGCGAGGGCGAGUUUGACAGCACGAAGAUUACGAUGAAGCGCUGGCGCGAUUUCGAAAAAAGGUGA